AUGGACACGAUGCGCAACGUGCUGGGCGGGCGGCCGGGCGGCUACGCCAGCCUCGGCCAAGCCGGGCGUCUGAUGAAGGAUUUGGACCUGUUUCAGCAACAAGCCUUCAUGGAGCCGGGCGUCUACAAGCCGACCAAGCACCGGCCCGAGCUCGAGGAGCUGCUGGAAGUCAUUGUUUCGCAGGCCGGCCACAUUGCGGACUCAGCCUCAACGCGCAACGACCGCAAGAUGAAGAUCAUCAACGAGUGUAACAACCUGCGCCAAGCCCUUCAGGACCUGCUCAAGGAGUACGAGAAUCAUUGCGGGCGCAGCGACUACAACGAGGACGUCGACCUGGCCAUGGUGUUGGUCACCCGAAAAUCGAAAGACCUGCGCCGCCAUCUGCGAAGAGCCAUCGUCGACCACGUGUCCGAUGCGUUCCUCGAUACGAGAACACCGCUCUCCAUCCUGAUCGCCGCAGCCGAAAGUGGUGACCCCGCAGCUACACGCGAAGCCGGCGAAAUGUUCACCCAGCACGCCGAGAACAUGGUGGCGGUGGCGCAUUUUGUGUGCGACAUGACCAACGACAGCGAGGGGUUGCGCGUCAUACGCUACACCGCCACGCAGCUGUCCCAUCUCGCGCCGCAGGUAGUGCACGCAGCGCACCUCCUCUGCCAGCACACGACCAGCGGCGUCGCCCAGGAGAACAUGAAGAUGUUCGCCGAGGUGUGGGAGGACAAGGUGCGCCUGCUGACGAUGGCCGUCGACUCGGUCAUCACCCUCGACGACUUCUUGGCCGUCUCCGAGGCGCACAUCAUCGAGGACGCGAUCAAUGGGCAGGAGGCCGUCAUCCAGGGCAACGGCGACAUGCUCGACCGGGCCGCCGGCGCCAUCCGUGGCCGCUCGCUGCGCGUGUGCGCCGCCGUCGACGAGGAGAUGAACGCGAUGCCGUCAGGUCCUUAUGCAGAUAGGGUGAAAACCGCGACGCGGCGCCUGAGAAAUGAUGUUCUUCAAACGUUUGCCGAACGUGCGUCAAAUGUUGUGCAACGGCUAACCGACGAGGAUCCGACGCAGCGCGGACCCGAAGAGACAAACCGCGACGUCGACGAGUUCAUGAAUGCAUGCACACUGGUGCACGAGGCCGUCAAGGACAUCCGAAAUGCACUCCUUGUUAAUAGAAACCCUGAAGACGUCGACUCGGACAACGAGUACGAGGAGGACGCCCAGACGAAUGUGAUGGAUGGCAGGAGUACCGUCUCCGAUGGCCCGAACCAGCAACGCAUCAUGCGGCACCUGCCCGAGGAGGACAAGCGCAAGAUUCAGGAGCAAAUUGACGUCUUCAAGAUCGCCCACACCAAAUUCGAGCACGAGGUGGCCAAGUGGGACGAGACCGGCAACGACCUCAUAGUGUUGGCCAAGCACAUGGCCAUCAUUAUGCAGCACAUGAUGGAAUUCACGCGCGGUCACGGCCCGCUGAAGACGACCUCUGACGUCAUCAGGGCCGCCCAGGAGAUUUCGGUUGCAGGCUCCAAGCUCAACGCCCUGGCCAAGCAGAUCGGCGAGGAAUCUCGCGAGAGUCGCAGUCGUGACGACCUGAUGUCGUACCUCUCCCGCAUCACCCUCUUCUGCCACCAGCUCAACAUUUGCAGCAGGGUGAAAGCCGACGUGCAGCAAGUUGGUGACCAGCUGAAGAAGUGCCACCUCGACUCGGCGCUCUCCCUCAUCCAGACGGCCCGGAAUCUGCUGAACGCCGUCGUGCUGUCCGUCAAGGCCGCCUACAUUGCGUGCACAAAGUACCGCCACCCCGAUAGCAGCGCGCCACGCGUCACCUGGCACCUCGCCCCGCCGCAGAAGCAGCCAUUGGUGCACCCACAAAAAACCGGCGGCUCAGGCAUCGUGCGCCGUGCGAGCGAGCGCCGCCCGAUGGCCCCGAUGCGCGAACUCGCCCAAUUCCAUCAG